AUGUAUACAAAGCACAGAGCUACCUGCAAAAUCCGGCUGAAAAGCAUGAAGGAAAAUGUGGACACUGUGGUUCCCUAUCUGGAGAGCUGCUGGUACUGGCCUGGGGAGCUUCAGUAUUUCUCCUCAUCCCGUUACUCAUUCAGGAACACCCGCAGCUACAUCAAGUAUUCAGAGCCCAUCCAACCUGACCUUGAGUGUCUGCAGAACUGCUUGAGGAGGAGGGAUGCUGGCCUAUUAAAUCAGUUGCAAGAGCUAGAUAAGCAAAUUAGUGACCUCCGCCUGGAUGUGGAAAAAACGACAGAUGAACACCUUGAGACAGACAGUCGUCCAAGUUCAGGGUUUUAUGAGCUGAGUGAUGGAGCUUCUGGAUCGCUCUCCAAUUCGUCUAACUCUGUCUUCAAUCUCAUAGGCUGGAUGGAUUAUAAUAAAGAAAGCCAACAUGAGGACCAGACCGCGGGCUCUGUCUGUCGCUCUUUGUCCACACCGCACUCAAAUUCCCUCGAUGUCGUUGCAGAUGUCCACCCAAAGUACCAGUGUGAUCUGGUGUCUAAAAACGGGAGUGACGUCUACCGGUACCCCAGCCCACUCCACGCGGUAGCUGUGCAGAGUCCCAUGUUCCUUCUCCCUGUGACUGAGAACCCCCAGCGAGAAGAGGAGAGGCUUGGCUGUGACAUUACCGAUGUUUGCGCCGGAUCUGAAACAGACUCAGGAAAAGCAACCGAUGCCUUUCUCCCGCCGGGCUCCUGGCCUGCCUCGUGCCCAUCUGCCAGCAAGAGGAUAGAUGGCUACAUCUUAAGCCUGGUUCAGAGAAAGACUCACUCUGUAAGGACUAACAAACCAAGGACAAGUCUCAACGCCGAUCCCACCAAAGGGAUCUUGCGACAUGGCAGCAUGUGUGUCAGGCAGGCUGCCGCACCGGUUUCACACAGCAACGUCGUGAACCUGAAGAGCGUGAAGCAAGUGAGCUUGCCAUCCAGCGGGGCAACUGCUUCAGAGAACACGGCUCCCUCCCCGCUCAAGCAGAGGCCGAGGGAAGCAGGUGGCGAGCAGGUGGAGAGCAGAAAGGUGCUUUUGCCAGCGGCUUUUCCACCCAGCGAACUCCAGAACAAGCAGCAGCCACGGGGUGCCAAGGCGGUGCCUGCAGAGCUCAGCCGACACGCGGUGGCUGCCACGGGGGAUGUCCCCAAGGAAGGCAGCCAGCACUUCGCUGCAUCUCCCAAAGAGAGCCCAGGGAAGCCGGUGGUGCUGCAGCCAGAGACCAGGGUCAGCCAGCCUCCCAAAAAGGUCCUGCUGAAGGGCAGCUCUCAGGCGGCUCACUCAUCAUCGCCUCCUGUGGAGGAAAGGCCCGCGCUGGACUUCAAAAGCGAGGGCUCUUCCUCUCAGAGCCUCGAUGACGGAUUGCUGGUGAACGCCCAGUACAUCCCAGCCCAGCAGCAAAGCGUUAAGCUCCACAAAGGCACCAGGAACGUCAAGAUUUUGAAAAGCUCUGCGCUGAAGCACAGACCACACCUCGCCAAUGGGCUCGAGAACGGUGCUCAGGCCUUGCGGGAGAAAGGCAAGCCAACCGGCAAGAAGUGCCGCUUUCCCGAUGAGUUGGAUACAAAUAAGAAACUGAAAAAGCCCUCCUCAAGGGGGAAGCGCGGCGGCGGUCUGCAGCUAGAGUCAGGCCUUCAGGGGCGGCCAACCAGUCUGCAUAAAUCUGUGGUCAGGUCUCACGGACAUGGCCGGGAGGUGGUGGUGGCCAAACCAAAACACAAGCGGGCCGACUACCGGCGGUGGAAGUCUUCAGCGGAGAUCUCCUACGAGGAGGCCCUGCGGAGGGCAAGGAGGAACCGACGAGAUGGCGUAGGAGUCUACGCUCAAGUUCCUCUGCCAUAUGUCAGCCCUUACGCCUAUGUGGCCAGUGACUCAGAGUACUCGGCAGAGUGCGAGUCUCUGUUCCACUCCACCGUGGUGGACACGAGUGAGGAUGAGCAGAGCAACUACACAACGAACUGCUUCGGAGAUAGCGAGUCCAGUCUGAGCGAGGUGGAGUUCGUCGGGGAGAGCACCACCACCAGCGACUCUGAUGAGAGCGGGGGUCUCAUCUGGUCCCAGUUUGUCCAGACGCUCCCCAUCCAGACCGUCACCGCUCCAGAGCUGCAUGAAAAUGCGGCAAAGGCCUUUGUCAAAAUCAAAGCCUCCCAUAACCUCAAGAAGAAAAUCCUGCGCUUUCGGUCAGGCUCCCUGAAGCUCAUGACGACCGUCUAGUGAAGUGACUUGGUGGAAUGUAUCUGUUUCUGCUUUUGGAAGCAAGGUGCUUUUGUGUACAUAUUACCACAGAUUUUUUUUUUUUUAUACAACCUAUACAAAUAUUUAAAACUUAAGGUAAAUUAUGUCACUUGUCUUCUGAACUUGGGUGGAUACUAGUGCCUUUCAAAUGGAAAUAAAAGACCAUUACACUUGUUUAAAAAACCGUAACACUGCCAUUUCAGUGGUGAACAGCCUCCAGUGCAUAGUAUCAGAAGGCUUGGAAAAAAAGGCUCAUGUUUUUGGGAAUGGAUCAUCCUUGCCUAGAUUUUUCCAAUUCUGGGUCUUAUACAGGGUAUCAACAGCUUAAGGUCAUAAAUUUUUAGGGGAAGAGGGGGAGGGAGUGUGGGUGGUCUUAAUGUUUUUGCUUGUCCCUUUCUGCUGCUCCUGGUGCCACAUCUUGAACUUGUUCCUACUGACAGUCCAGCCUGUUCUGUUUAUUUUUCUCAUUGAUUUUCUUCUUGAAGCUGGCCCUGUCCUCCCCCAACCUUCUCCCAUGAGGAAAGGGCUCCUGUUAAAUCCAUCUCCAAGGUUAAGUUGCCUUCUCAGGAGCGCACUCUGCUCUGAUUUCCUGGGAGUCCCAGUGUGGACUGUAGUGUUGUUCGGAAUAAACUGUUGGAGCAGCUGACCAAGGCUUAGUAACUUCAGUAUAUUGUGUAAAACUGCUUUUGAAAAGAAAAAACAAACCAUAUGCAUGUCACGUGCAUGAUUAUCAGUAGUUUUAAUAUUCCUGUUGAUGUCCAAUUUACUGUACAUCAUCAAUGGCUGUUUUUAUAUAUAUAUCAUUGUGUAAAUUAAUAUAACACAUCAUAUGCUGUAAUAAACAGUCUGUUUUAAUAUAUUUUUUAAGUUUGUUACAUUGGGACAGACUCAAUCUAUGGUUUUGUAUUGGCGUUGUCACCACCUCAGUGUCUCUUUAAUGUGGCCUGUUAACAUUCCCUGGAAUUCAGUCGUGCAGGAAAUGGAGCAAGUUUAAAAUGUUGCUGCGUGUGUGAUCUGUGCUUUGAGAGAACUGCAUAGCCAUGGCUCUUCUUGUUCUUCCAGUGACUUGCAUUUUUUAAGGGCAGGAUGGGACUGAGGACACUUCUGAAACCUGCUGUAGGGAGCCCAGUUUAUCAGGGUGUUGGACUGGAUGAUCCCAGAGGAUCCUUCCAACUUCUGCAAUUCUGCAGUUCUUCAGGGUGUUGCUUAUGAGCAGCUUGCAUUGUGGAGCAGAUGGAAAUGUAAUAUUAAUCCUCCUCGCUUCAGGGUGCUUGAAGACCUUGGUUGGUACAACCGAAGGGCAGAUGGUAGGGUGCUGUAACCAGAUGGAUCUGUGUAAUGCAGCAGGUGUGCCUCUGAAGUGAUCGGUAAAUGGAUUGCCCAAAGUUGUGUGUUCAGGGUGUUCUGCCCAGCCAAGGAGAGCGUGAGCUUGGUGUACCUGGUAGGAAUUUGUGGGGUGUGUGUGCAGCCCGUUUGAUCCAUAGCAAGAUCAGCAGAGAGAUGCAUUCUUCCGUGGUUCCUCUGUGUCCUUCCUGCUGUCUCCCGCUGUAAGGCAGAACAGUACUUUCUCAGGUUUCCUUGUGUAGCAAAUGUGGGAAGGAGAGAUUCACCAAGAAUUACAUGUCUCUGUGAACAGCUUCUUAGACAGUGGUAACAGUUUUUCUAAGUGGUGGAUUUCAUCUUCUUAACUUGCAGGCUGCAGUGAAUCCCUGCUGUUAGAUGUCUCUCAUAUUACAUACUUUCUGUUACUUUCUGUAAGGGGCCAUGCAGUAUGGUCACAAGUUUUUGAGUGCAGGAACCUCAAAAGUCCUUUCAUUUCCAUCUCCCAUGAUAUAGGAGAAGCUGUAACUCAGCUGGUCUUAACCCUCCUGUAGCUUUACAUGUGGAAGGGCAGCCAGCAUACAUACAGAAAACAUAAAAUGUUAUAUAUAAAUAUAUACAUUUUAUAUUUUAAUAUAGAAUAGUUAUUCCAGAAAUUGCGGGACAAUGGCUGCCGCUACAGAGAGGGGAGAGGAGAAAUGUUUGUUACUCAACACAGUUCUGCUGAAGCUGAGAGCAGCUCAAUACAACCUGUUAAUAACUGAUGGGUGUUAUAUCAAACAAAGGGAAUGUCAAGAAGCUUAUCAAACCUAGUGGUUUCUUUCCUAGAAUAUCUCUUAAUCAUGCCACAUAAUCUCUCUUCAAGCAAGAAAACCACGUGCAAAUCCCUAUAAAUCUCCUCAAAGGUGCAGCAGAGAGCAGAGAGGAGCUGCAGACAUGCACUCUGUGUCUCUGACUGUAAAGGAGAUGCUGGUGGAAAGACAACCUGACCAGUGGCUUUGGAAAGGCAAGUUUUAAUUAAUUGAUGUAAGUGCUGUAAUACAUUGUCUCUUACCAGCUGAAGGAGGCUGGUUUCCAAAAGCAAGCUACUGAAUAGUUUCUGUUUUGAUAAUUGAGUAAAAGAAUAAGAAAAUAAACACCUAAAUAUCACUAAGGUUGUAUCAGCUGCAACCAGUGCCUUCUGUAGCACUCUCAUGGAAUAGCUUAAUACCAGAGGGGAAAAUGUGCUGAUGGUAUCUCUUUCAAUUGCAUCUGACUCCUUUCAGUUUGCAGAAGGAAUUUUCCUUUUCCUACAUGAUUUAGGUAAGCAUCCCAAAUCAUUUAAACAGCCCUUGACUUUUUUUCUUAUCCCUCACUUUCCUCUCUUUUUUUUUUUUUUUUAUUUUUAAUAAAAGAUCUUACAGUGCUGGAAAAGUACUGGAUAUAGCAGCACAUUCUCUUCUCUGGUUCCAAUUUAGGAAACACACCUCUGUUAGUAAGUUUUUGCAAUACUAGGUUGAAAAACAUCUGCAAAUCUUGGAGACCAGUUAAAUAUCUGGCACUUCUUUAAGCUACCUGGCUUUCCAGCUCUGCAGCCUUGAGCCCUUACCAAUGCAUUUUUUAUAAUAUUCAUGUUUUAAUUAUGCCCGGUGCUUAUGGCAGUCUUUGGAAGUCAGAAGCUGUGAAGUUUGUCUUCAGUGCCCUGGGGCCUGUUUCAAGGGGAGGAAUAGUUGUGAGAAUGGUUGGGUUUAUACUCCUAUGCUUCAUAAGCACAGCAAACUCUUAGCAAGAGCAGACCCCUUUGUCUGGGUACCUUGUGAUUUAGGUUAUGUAGUGUUGCUGUACAUCUCCCAGCCGUUCCCUGAUGAGGUGCUUCAGACAGAGUCUAUCCAACCCAUACAAGCUGUCUAGUUUUUGUCCUGGCAUGGGGUUCAUCCCGGAUAAGGACUGACAACAGAUUCCCCACAACAGAGUCCUGCACCUUCCCUAGCCCCAAUCUGUUUGUUGGCUCUGAGGAAGGUCAGAGCUCUUCAGGUGGCAGCCAGCAAAGCCAUCCCUGAGGAACCUAAAUCCUUUUUUGCCACAGAGAGCAAGAAGGUUUUUAUUAGCUGUGAUGGCCGCUCACCAUGCUGAGCUUGGCUCUCCUGCAGCAUGUGAUAAAGGCAUUUUUAAUAGCUGCAUCAAGCAUCUCGCCUGUGUCUUUGGAGGGACCAACAAUCACGCAUACAACUGAGCUAGCAUGAGAAAAUGAACCAUUCUCAACUCUUUGCAAUGUAAUGCUCACAUUGACGGUUCCUGUGCACAGUUCCAAGAGGAUACAGAGACUGCAAACCAAUAGAAACAAUUUGUAAAGCCCAAAUCUAUCUUUCAAAUCUGCUUUUCCCUUGAUUUGCUCUAAACCUCCAAAGGGAUUGUGUCGAGGCGCCUUGCACAGAAUGGUGUUUUAUUUCUCUGGC